UCCCAUGCCAAGAGGCCAUGGACACACCCAGGGGAGCAUCUGACCUGUCUCCUCCUCCUGACCUCUUUUCUCCUGUCCCUGCAGCAGCAUCGUGUCCCCGGAGCCUGGACUGUGCCCUGCAGCGCCGGCAGUUCUGCCCGCCGGGGUCAGGCGCCUGCGGCCCCUGCCUGCCCGCCUUCCAGGAGGAUGACCACGGGCGAUGCAUCCAGAAGCAGCUCUCCCCCAGCGGGCGAGCAUCCAUUCCCAGCUUGGAGAAAGAAAUCGAUUUUCUGGCAGAUGUGCUGGCCAGACAAGAGGCUCUUCACCCCCACCCUCUGCAGGAUGGCAAACCCAGGACCACCCCAGUCCCCACUGGCAGCAGACAGCACGUGGCCGGCGGGCUGAGAGAGGGGCUUCUGCAGCGGGAUCCCACUGGCAGUGAGGCAGCUGCCACCCUCCCCACCUCCUCCACCACCUCUGCAGUCCAGAAGUACCCAGUGGAGGCGUCCCCCGUCCCUUCAAAUGAUGACAUGGUGCUUGGGCUGAUCAUGGUGUGCACAGUGGCUGGGAUCUCGGCGCUGAUCAUGGCUGCAGUCUGCUGGUGCAGGCUGCAGAAGGAGGUCAGGCUGGCGCAGAAAGCAGACUACUCGACACAGCGAGCAGCCAGUCCUCUGCCCUAUAAUAAGAUCUCGCCCAGGGACAAGACUCUGGUCCAGAGUGCCCAGAUGUACCACUACCAGCACCAAAAGCAGCAGAUGCUCUCCAUGGAGAAGCAUAAAGAGGAGCCCAAGCUGCCAGACUCAACGUCAUCUGACGAGGAGAAUGAGGAUGGAGACUUCACCGUGUAUGAGUGCCCUGGGCUGGCUCCGACUGGAGAAAUGGAAGUGAGGAACCCGCUCUUUGACGACUACUCCUUACACCCCUCCAACCCCAAGUCGCACCAGUAACACCCCUCCUCUCCUCCACCCAAGCUCGCUAUGGACUCUGUGCCCAACACCGGAGGGGCACCCGCAGCUGGGCCAAGAGACGCGGACCCUGCUCUGCCAGACUGUUUGACGCCUGCCCAAUAAACACCCACUAACAGCUAUGGGAGGGGGGGGAUCACCCCCGUAUUCAGCGUUCUUGUCCUCUUUGCUGCUGUGAUUGCGUCCCUGCCUUGCCCUUCGCUUUCUGCUCUUGGGGACAUGCCAGACCUGUGGUGGAGGCUGCCGCUGUCUUGGCACAAACCGGGGCCGCAGCGCUGACUCUGCAUUGGGCUUGGAGGAGGAGGCUGCGGGCCCGGCUGCAGCUGGGAAAGGGCUGGAGAGGGGAUUGGAGAGCAGGAGAGGGGCUGGGGAGGUCCAGGCAUGCUUGUGCCUGCAGGGGAAGACAUCAGGACUGCCAGCCUGUCCAGAGCCCCUCUGCCAGGGAUGGAGAUUCUUCGGAGCAGGUGGCAUCGCUGAAGGCUCUGGUGCCUGGUCUGCCCCCCCUCCCCAGCCCAGGCAGCCCCUGGCAUCAGGGUCCUGCUCUGGGAGCCAAGGGCAGGCGCAGGAGCAGGCUCAGGCAGAUUCUGGUAUCACUCCCAACG